AUGGCUGGCCCUAAGCGAGGGGUCCACAUGAUGGACCUUGCUCUAAUCGAAUAUGACAUGAGGAUCAAGACAGGUGAACAGGAAAAGGAUGACCUAUAUCUGAUUGAUGGUGCAUCAAUGAUAGGCCUUGCAGGCUUAUGGAAUUAUCCAUUUACAAUGCGCAUCCCUGGUGAUUGUGGUGCAGUUAACCUAACUUUAGCACGUCUUGAUGAUGCAGUUGAGGCGACUAUAGAGGUUCUCAUAUCGGAAGUGCAAAACAGUUUCAGUUUGUUUCUUGGUUGUUUAACAAGUGGAUUGAAUAAGGAAAUUCAGCUCUUUGAUGGUGCCGUAGCCAAGUCAUGUGGCUUAAGGAGGUCUGUGGUUGCUGUAGUGAAUGAUUCAUCGAUAGAUUUGAAGUUCAAAUUAGGCUCACUGUUAUCUAGUUCCGACCAACAUUGCUGCUCGUUCAACACAAAAACCCAUGGGCAUGAUACCCAGGAAAUGAAGACUGAUUUUGCAUUAAUAUCAGUGAAGGUGACUUGGUCAACUUUGCCGGAUGGGACACGAGGCUACUACGAGUGGUAA